AUGUCAAUUUUCCCUCGAGUCCUAUAUGCCAAGGUUGAAGUACACAAAAGUGCAAUGGACUCAAAUCUUCCAGCCCUGGCGUUGGACCCCAACCAUUCUGCACAUAAUGUAAAUCUUCAUCUUGGUUUGUGUAUAGUCUUGGUGAGGCUUGGUAGGGGGAAGGAUGCUAUAUCAAGCUGUUCAGAAGCCCUUGAGUUUGAUGGAGAGCUUAUUGAUGCUGAUUUGAAAGAAGCAGCUGAAAAAUCUCCUCAGGAUAGGAAUAUUCGUGAAGUGCUGAUGAGGGCUAAGAGAUCAUUAAAAUUGAGUCAACGGAAGGAUUGGUACAAGAUAUUGGGAGUGUCAAAGACAUCAUCUGUAUCAGAGAUCAAAAAGGCAUACAAAAUGCUUGCUCUGCAAUGGCAUCCUGAAAAGAACGUUGACAAUAGAGAAGAAGCAGAAAACAGGUUUCGUGAAAUUGCAGCUGCAUAUGAGAUCAUAACAAUUGGUAUCAGAGCAUCGAUUGUGCAACCUGUGGGUAAGAAAUGGCAGAAGGGACUCGCUGGAAGGCUGGGUGCAUUAGAAAAAGCUCCUGCUGGUCCAAACAUUGGAGGAGGAUUACUUCCAAAUCCAGCUCAGGAUAAUAGAAAUCGACCCCAAAAACCUCCUAUCCUGCCACCGAAAUGGGAAUUGCCCUCUUUUGAAGGUGAGGAACCUAAGGUAUGGAUCCGAAAAUGCGAGAAAUACUUUGAUCAAUAUAGAAUACUUGAUGAACAGAAGGUGAAAUCUGCUGUUUUUUAUUUGAAUGGAUUGGCUGAGGUAUGGUAUCAGUCGUUGGUGUUGAGUAGAGGGCUAGUGACUUGGGUCGAGUUCAAGGAGGAACUGAUCAGUCAUUUUGGUGACAUACUGGUGGAAGAUGUGGUUGAGGAAUUUAAUAAAUUGAACCAAAUAGGUUCUGUUGAUGAGUUCCUUGGGAGAUUUGAGGACCUUAAGGCUCAAAUGCUCAUUCGAAAUCCUUCACUAAAUGAAGCUCACUUUCUAUCUAGUUUCAUAGGAGCAUUGAAAGAGGAAAUCAGGUUUGCUGUCAAGUUGUUUAAACCUACUACAUUGAAGGUAGCGAUUGUAAAGGCUAGGAUGCAGGAGCUAGCUAUUGAAGCUGCUCAAAAGAGGAACAAGACAAGUACCAGAUCUGCUCAGCCUGUGACUAAUACGAUUGUUAACAGAGGGCCUGCUAACGCCGCUGUGAAGAAUACUACAUUCCGACUCAGUCCGGAGGUGUAUGAGUAUAGGAAAACCAAUCAUUUGUGCUUCAAGUGUGGAGAAAAGUAUGGGCCUGGUCAUGUAUGCAAAAUGAGGCAACUUAAUUGUUUGAUAGGGGAAAUAGAGGCUGAAAUUGACAUGAAUGAAAUUAACACUUCCCAGGAAGAAGAUGAAUCACCUGAUGUGAUGAUAGAAGGAGUAAUAGAACAGGAGAUUCAACAAGCCGUGUGCCUGAAUGCUUUGACAGGUCAUAAUCAAGGUGAAAACACUAUUCUAGUGGGUGGUACUGUGAAGAAAAGGCAGCUAUCUAUAUUGAUUGAUUCAGGUAGUACUCAUAGCUUCAUAGAUGAGCACACCGUCCAAGCUACAGGGCAUCAAUCCAGCCAUUGCCCUCCUGUGAGAGUGACCGUGGCUGAUGGCAACUAUGUGAUGUGCACAUCCCAUUGCAAAGGUUUUUUGUGGAAAAUGCAAGGGCGAACAUUUAUGGAAGACCUACUCAUCAUUCCCUUAGGAGGUUGUGAUUUGGUACUUGGCAAUGACUGGAUGAAAAGGCACAACCCCACUACGUUUGAUCAUGAAAAAAGAUGUGUCAUUAUUGGAAGGAAGCCUAACAAACUAGUUUUGCCAGCUCUAGUGGAAGGCAGUUUGAAGAUGCUCAGUAGUGAUUCCAUGAGUCCAAUCAUGAAGAAAGGACAUGCUCUUAUUGCUCACUUGUUCAUGAUGAGCAUGAUGCCGAAUGCGAGUGAAGAUCCUCCUGAUGCUGCAGUACAAGAAGUGAUAAAUCAGUAUGCCGAGGUAUUUGCUGAACCUAAAUCCCUACCACCUCUGAGGUCAUUAGAUCAUGCUAUUCCACUAAAGCCUGGGGCCAUGCCAGUGAGUUUGAGACCCUAUAGAUACAAUUACAACCAGAAGGACGAGUUGGAGAAACAAGUAAAGGAGAUGCUUACCAGUGGAGUGAUUCAGCCUAGUCAAUCUCCCUUCUCUUCACCAGCCUUACUAGUCAAGAAGAAGGACGGUACUUGGAGAUUUUGUGUUGAUUAUAGGGGCCUUAAUGACAUCACCAUUAAGGAUAAGUACCCCAUUCCUAUAGUGGAUGAUCUCUUAGAUGAGUUGUGUGGUGCAACAAUUUUCUCCAAGGUUGAUCUCAGGGCAGGCUACCAUCAGAUAAGAAUGAAAAGGGAGGAUGUGUUCAAGACUGCUUUCAGGACUCAUGCAGGACAUUAUGAGUUUAAGGUGAUGCCUUUUGGUCUCACCAAUGCUCCAGCUACCUUCCAAGCUCUUAUGAACCAGGUUUUCCAACCCUUCUUGCGAAAAUUUGUCUUAGUGUUUUUUGAUGAUAUACUUGUGUAUAGUCUAACAGUAAAUGAUCAUGUACAACACUUAAAAGUUGUGUUUGAGAUUCUCAAACGACAUUCGCUCUAUGCUAAGAGAACGAAGUGUUCAUUUGGCCAACCACAAGUGACUUAG